GCUUCCCCCAUCCUCCCGCGCAUCACCUUUUUAACUAAAUUUCAUGACGUCCUCCUUCCUGCUGUCUUCCUCUACCUCUACCUGCCAUGUCCUCCUCCUUCAACAUCAGCAGCCAGCGCCGCGUUUUGCCGCAGAUUAUCGAAGCCCUUCAACGGUUAGCAGACGAUCCGGAGCAGCUCGGUCGCGAGAGAGCCCAGCGCUACAGCGAAUCUCCACCGCCGUAUCCAUCAUCCGGCGAGGUGACGCAGCCCGACACUCCCGAAGAGCGCCCCCGUGUCGACGAAGAACAGCGAUGGAAUCGAUUUUGGGACGACCGUGAUCAGUCGAUGCCAUGCUUCCAGUUUGAACGCCAGGUCAAGAGGGAGAUGGAAAGACUGCAAUAUCAGAGCGAACAGGGGCGAUUUGGGCGGAAGCAGACGCUCCCCUUGGAUGAGACUCAGGAUUACCUAGUGAACGCCGAGAACAAUGUCCGGGCCCGUUGGGUAGAGCAAGGCAUUUGGAAGGAAUGGUGGGGCCCGGCCUGGCCGAAGGGACUAGGGACGUCAGGGCCGCGGAUAUUCGCCUGGCGUCAUAAAGGGGGACCCAGCGUUCCCGGGGGCAUUGGCAACCUCGCCCGCUGGGGACAUGAAAAGAGGCUCGAACCACCGCUAGCACUAUCGCAGCCGGAGCCCGAGCCGGAACCGGAGCCUGCCAUCAAUACCUUCGUGUUCAAAUUCCCCACCAUCGAAUCAGAACGAGAAGACCCUAGAUCUUCUGGGGAAAAGUCAGCGGCUGUUUCUGCAGAACAAAGGCAAGCAGUUCAGCCGGAGCCAGAACCGGAGCCGGAGUCAGAGUCGGAGCUGGAGUCGAUACCCGAGCCGGACCCCCUCACAAAAUCGACCUUCCCAGGAUUAUUCGACUCGGUACCUCGGAUCCGGAAAAAACAUAAGAUUCCCACUGCAGAGUCGAUAGUUAUUUCUUGGCGCCAUAUCUCAGAUAUGCUUCCUGCCGGAUAUCAACUCAAUCCUUCAGCAUCACGUCCGUACUACCAGUUCCUCUUUCAGGCAUCCAAGGAGAGCGAAUGGAUCAGAGACGAAUAUCAAUAUGAACGACACACCGGGUUUGUCGACAUCGACGCCAAGGCCUACGAAAGCGUCAAGAAUAUGUGGAUCGAAGACAAGAUUUGGAAUCCUAAAUGGGACCAGCUUCCCGGAAUGACGUGGAUGCAUGAAGAAGACCCUGAUGAUCGGCCACAAACUCCUGAUAUCUUUAAGGAGGGACGUGAGGAGCGUCGUCAGAGACGUGAGGAGCGUCGUCAGAGAGAUGGGACGCCGCCCGGUCCGGACGAGAUCGAUGAGAUGAUUCGUAAGAAGGGCCGUCAGAUGUGGGGACUGUCGCCUAGUCCAGUCAGCAACGGCAAGCAACAACUUCAUUCUUCAAGACCGGGACCUCCCCAACUAAAGCCAGUGCUUGAUGUCGACAACAACCGCGGAGGCGGCAACGACAUACCAUCAUUUCCUCGAGAUGUCAACGAUUCCAGCGGAGCGGUCGCCCGACCAAAUGACAGAGGGAGGAGGAGGGAAAGCGCAGGUCGCCUUCCCACAGUCCCUGAAACCCCACGACUCGCAGAAGAGCCUGCAGAUGGAGUCCUCCGGAGCGUGCGCCAGUCCAAAGUGGAGAAACCGAGCAAGGCAAAUGCUUCUGCCCCAAACCGCCGUCUUCGGAAGCACAGCCACCGCGCUAAUGAACCCGGUCAAACAUCUAACUCGCCGGAAAAUGGCACGUUACUCCCGCCACGGAACGGCACUAAUAAUCCGGUCCCCGAGAAUGAGCAAGCCGCUCCCGGAAGACGUACCCAAACCAGCAAGCUGUCUUCCCUUACGCUGGCACAAUCGAAGGCCACGGAACCGGAGAGCAAACCCCAAGGCCAACUGCAGACCAACGGCCGGAGCAAACGUGUGGCCCUUGCGCAACUAUUAUCUGAAGCGCCCAACGGUCUUGGAAGACAACACCACUCUCAAGCCGGGCUUCACUCAUCAAUUGAGGUCAGUGUGCCGCGAAGAAGUGCAAGGAUAGCUGAGCUUCAAAAGGCCGGACGAGGAUCUGAGCAAGGUUCCAAGGCGGGAAUAACGCUCAAGCGUAAACGUAGCCCGUCAGCAUCGUCCACAGACCGCGAUGGUGAACGGUCGAGGCCGAAGCAGCGCAACACACCCACCUCGGCAGACCGUCAUCAGAUAAGGAAAAUACCAAGCAGUGCGGAUACAAGGGCGAGAGCAAGGCUUCGGCAGAGGCCAUCUUGAUUUAGAAUUGGGCAUAUUGUUCCUCUUUUGUAAUUUAGGGAGUUGGUAGGGUGGGUACCAGUAUACCUAAAAAGACGGCUGAAUAGGAGAAAGGUAAUGUGACAGAUCAAUACGCGACUAUUAGCACUCGUUUCUUCCAAUUCCCUCCGGCGAUCUGUUGUCUCGUACUAAGCCGCGCUCGGCUGAUCACGUGACUGGCCCACCGCGGACCAAUGCUGAUGCCUUAGGAAUCAAUGGUUUCUGGAAACUUAGAAUACCAAG